CGUUGACGAGUAGCUGUCAUUGAGCACGUGACUAGCUUUCUCGUAGCCCCCAGGCUAUCCUACCGUAUGCUAAUGAGGUGCACCUUUCCUUGAUUUGUGAGGACUUAUCUAGGUCCGACAUUUCUAAACAAUAAAAAAUAUAAUUAACGGAUCACAAGGAAUUUACAAAAGAUUAUACGGACCGGAUAUACCAGAGUAGAAGAGUUCUCAGGAACAGCAAGAUGAAAAACUAUAAAAACUCUAUAUGGCUGGUGCUUAUGUCUGUGGUGUUCGGCAGUUACGGGAUGAGGAGAGUGUGCUACUAUACUAACUGGGCUCAAUAUAGGCCCAAACUUGGAAAGUAUACCCCGGAUAAUAUAGACGAUCGCCUGUGUUCUCAUAUAGUUUAUUCAUUCGCUAAACUUACAAAACAUGCACUGACUCCAUUUGAAUGGAACGAUGACUCUACGGAAUGGUCGAAAGGAAUGUUCGAGAAGGUGAAUGAUUUGAAGAAAGGGAACAGUGACCUUAAGACUCUGAUAGCCGUCGGUGGGUGGAACAUGGGUUCAGAACCGUUCACAGAUAUGGUAAGGAAUGAAGCCAACCGACGCAAGUUUAUCACUUCUGCUAUUAAGUUUAUGAGGUCACGUAACUUUGACGGCCUCGACCUGGAUUGGGAGUACCCCGGCAAUAGAGGAAGCCCACCUGAAGACAAACAGAGGUUUACCCGACUCGUCAAGGAGCUACAUGCGGAGUUUGAGCAGGAGUCGAGGAGCACGGGGAAGCCACGCCUGCUGCUGACGGCGGCAGUGGCGGCAGGCAAGGACACCAUCGACAAGGCCUACGAAAUAGCCGAGAUAGGCAGACUCAUGGACUUCAUCAGUGUAAUGACGUAUGAUCUUCAUGGAGGCUGGGAGACAAAGACAGGCCACAACAGCCCUUUGUUCAAGGGGCGAUGGGAGACAGGAAGUGAUGCUUAUCUCAAUUUGGCCUGGGCCUCCAGGUACUGGGCAAAGAUGGGAGUUCCAAAAGAGAAACUGAACAUCGGAUUGGCGGUAUAUGGUCGCUCUUUCACCCUCACCGACCCUUCCAACGUCGCCGUUGGGGCCCCGGCUAAGAAAGGAAAUGGAGGCAAAUUUACUCGCGAACAAGGCUUCCUGUCCUAUUACGAGAUCUGUGAGAAGAGAAAGAAGCCCGGAGUAAAGACAUACUACAUCGAGGACCAGAAAGUGCCUUACAUUGUUGACGGUGAUCAGUGGAUUGGUUAUGAUGACCCGGCUAGCCUGACUGCCAAGGUCAACUAUAUAAAGAAAAGUAGAUUUGGUGGAGUGAUGAUCUGGUCGCUGGAUUUGGACGAUUUCACUGGACAUUGUAAUAAACAGAAGUAUCCCCUCCUCAACGCCAUCAACAAGGCGCUUGGGGUCACUAUGCCAAAAAGAAUACCGAGACAGAAGUUGGUCCACAUACAGACCGCCAACAACGCCAGAGCCCAGACAAGUGUCAUCAGGCCGCCAGACUUGCCGAAAUCAGGCGUCAUUCGACCCAACAAGCCGCAAAGUUCCGUAUGUGUUGGCGUACCAGACGGUUCUUUCCUUCCUCAUGAAAAAGUAUGUAAUAAGUUCUUCCGGUGCCUUGGAGGAGUGAAACUCGAGUUAAAUUGCCAUGGCGAACUGGAAUUCAACAGAGUAAUAAGUAGAUGUGACUGGCCGCAGGAGGCAAACUGUUCUAUAAAGAAAAGUCCCAAUAUUACAACAGCUGUAGAGCACAGAGUUACAACAAACUCGAAUACGGUCGUACCCGCCAAACAAAAGAUUACUUGGGAACCACCACCCCAAUCAGACUUCCCGCCCGCUCCUCCUACCGACCUUCGUCAGAUGCAGAGCGUGCAGGAACUAGAGCGCCAAUUAACCGGGCCGUUACUCACCCUGGAGCCCCAGCAACAAGUCACUAACCUGUGGGACACGUCUCCAGACCAGUCAUUACCUCGCAAACCCGUACAACAACCGCAGUGGAACCCUCCCCAAUCGGCUGGUCCUACAUCCUGGGACAUCGCCAAUAGGGACAUGGUCCAAGAAAUUACUCCCACACCCAGCCUUACACAGUCGGGCCUAUUCCGGGAGUCAGCACUGCCGAACCCUCCCCCAGACAUGCUCAAUGCGGGACAGGAGCCAGGACAGGCGCCAUUGGACACAAACGUGGCACCGGUUACAGCCAUGGAACUAGCGCAGCUUUUCGAAGGGGCAACUAGUUUUUUAAACAAUUUUGGAGGAACUAGGAGGAGUGAGUUUUGCCGGGGCAGAGUAAAUGGUAUCUACAAAGAUCCACAUUCGUGCGAGAAGUUUAUCGAGUGUUCUCAUGGUAUCACGUAUCGCACGAGCUGUGGACCCGGACGUGCGUUCCACCCCCAAUUUCUCAUCUGUGACUAUACCUUUAAUGUGCAAGGGUGUGCUUAGUGGCCUAUGUGUGGACAUACCGCUUACAACAAUGCUCAACUAAUGUCUCAAAAACUUUCAUAUACACACUGUUCUUUAAAUUUUCUGAUGCGCGUUUCAGAGAUCAAAAUGGCGGACCAUUGAACAAGAAAUUGUUUUCAUUGGUUUCUAUUUUACAUGUACGUAACCAUCCUCGAUAUCCAGGAGUUACGCUUACUUCCGCUCUCUACACCCCGCGAAUUUGUCAUGGCAAAAUUAAAGGCUCGAUGUGCGCCACCUUGUUGAAAACUAGUUCGAUCCUUUGAUGUACAUCAAAAGAAUCUCGCGGUUACGUAACGGUAAAA